AUGGAACAUCAUUCUCAUUGUCAUGAAAAAAAAAUUAAAUUACCACCUUACCAACUUACUAAUGAAGAAAAAAUGACUGCUGACACCUUGGUAAAUAAUAUUUCUGAAGAAAAAUUAUUAGAGGCUAUUCAUUUAAUUUCGAUAAAAAGUGAUUACACUGUUUAUUUAUUUGAAAUUCAUUUUAUUGAUCAAGUUAUUAAGAUAUAUACAAACGAAAUUCUACCAAAAGUAAAACCAUCUCAAAUAUUGGUUAAAAUUAUAGAAUUAUUUGAUACUAUUUCUGAAACAACCUUCCGAAAUCUAUUAUUUUCUAUAAAUAUUUUAUCACUCCUUAUUCCUGUUGGUUUUUGUAAUGAAGUACCAAUGGUGACAACUCAAGCCGUUCUUCAUAUUUAUGAUAAUCUAAUUUAUGACGAAGAAUCUGCUUUAUUUUCUAUGUCUAAUCAGAUAUUUCCAUUGUUAAUGAUUUGGAGUGAAUUUGGUAAUUCUUCAGUUCAACUGUUAUCAAUAGAAAUUUUGAUUAAACUGUGUCAUGUUAAAAGUAUUCUUAUCUUUCUUUCAAACUCUCCAGAAAAAAUUAAUUCGUUUAUAACUCAAUUUAAGAAAUUACAUGAACAGCCAAUACUAACAAAAAAAAUAGAUGAGUUAUUCAAUAUAGUUUCAUCCAUUCCAUCAAUAAGAUCUCGAUUAAAUUAA